AACCAUACCUUGUUAGAUAGCUGGCCGGGCGCCUAUAUACUAAAGUGUUCUUAUUUAAUUUGAUAGCUGCUUUUACAUGGAUCGUUGUGUAGUGUCAACACAUCGUGAUACUAAAUUCAUUAAUUAUAUCGAAUGAAAUAUAUGUUCCAAUUCUAAAAUACAUUCCGAGAUUACAGACAGAGAUUUGUAUAAAAAAAAGAUAAAGGGACGUGUUCCGUGACAAUGAAGGAUGUCAUUUUUCAAUUCAUACGACAUAUUUUUAAAAUCUUGUUUAUUCCAAUACAUAUGUUAAAUAAAUCAUGGUCUGUAAGUAUAAAUCGAUCUACAAUAAGUAUGUGAACUCCAAAAGAAAAACUAAAGACACCAUCGGUGCAUUGACCAAGCCUGAUGAUUCGGAGGCAGAAACUAAUGAAGAUAAAGCCGAUGUACUUAACACUUUUUUAGCAGUGUAUUUGUGGAAACAGAGAUUGAAACAGAUGAACACGUAGAGAUCACAGAUGAUAUUGAAAUAUUGAAUCACAUAAUUUUAGUGAAAUUGAAGUUUUAAAAGUGUUGAAGUUUAUAAACCCAGAAAAGUCACCAGGACCGGACUGUAUUCAUCCUUAGGUACUAAGUGAAGCUACAAAUGAGUUGGUUAAACCAUUAAAAUUGCUUUUCAAUAAAUCAUUGAAUAAAGGAGUUAUUCCAGAUGAUUGGAGAAAGGCCAUUGUGUCGCCUAUAUUCAAAAAAGGUAACAAAAAAGACCCAUCGAACUAUAGACCUGUUAGUUUAACAUCAGUUGUAUGCAAACUUUGUGAAAAAUUGAUUAGGGAAAGAUUAACAGUUCACAUGAUUUCCAAUAAACUUUUUGCAGAUGCUCAAUAUGGUUUCAUGUCAGGACGUUCUUGUGUAAUUCAGCUUCUAUAAAUUGUUGAUAAAUGGGCAAAUAUGCAAGACUCUGGAGUACCAAUAGAUAUUAUUUAUCUUGAUUUUGCCAAAGCGUUUUACCGUGCAUCUCAUGAUUUGCUGCUGUUUAAGCUGAAAAAAUUGGGAAUUGUUGGUCAACUUUUCAACUGGGUGAAAUACUUUUUACAUAAUAGGACACAGUGUGUACGGGUUGGUUCAUCUGUCUCAUCAUGGGCUAAUGUAGUAAGCGGAGUACCCCAAGCGUACUAGGACCAAUUUUAUUUCUUUGCUUUAUCAAUGACUUGCCCGAUGUUGUCACUGGAAUCGUGAACAUCUUUGCUGAUGAUACUAAAUUGUAUUCACAAGUUCCCAAUAUUGUGGAGUGUGAAAAGCUUCAAACUGAUCUUGACAAACUUUGUGAUUGGAGUGAAAAGUGGAAAUUGUCCUUUAAUGCCGAUAAAUGUAAGGUAAUGCACAUAGGAAGUAAUGAAGAAGUGUUCAGAUACUCUAUGAGAGUGAAGGAUGGAAAUUUUGUAUAUGUAGAAUCUGUGUCAAAUGAAAAAGAUCUGGGAAUAACUUUUGAUAAUAAGCUCAAUUUUGAUCAACACAUUUCUAACAUCACAUGUAAAGCACAAAGAAUUCUGGGAUUGAUACACCGAACAUUUGAAUAUCUUGACAAGGACAUGUUUAAUCAUUUAUAUAAAUCACUUGUGCGACGCACAUUGGAAUAUGGAUCAAGUGUAUGGUCUCCACAUUUAAAAAAAAACAUAUUAAGAAAAUUGAAGAUAUUCAGCGCAGAGCUACCAAACUUGUGCCAAACUUGUAUCACCUUCCUUACACUAAGAGGUUGAAGGAACUUGGUCUUGUCACCUUGGAAUAUAGACGUGACAGAGCUGACAUGAUCCAAUUGUUUAAAUCCAUGCACAAUAUUGACAGUCUGAAAUGGGAUAAACUUUUCUCUCUUUCAAAAAAUGAUCUGCGUGGACAUUCCUUGAAACUCCAAACACCUAAGUGCAAGAAGAACAUCAAAUUAAAUUCAUUCUCAAUAAGAGCUUUUUCUUUUUGGAACAGUCUGAUUGAAGAAACUAUUUCUGCAAAUAAUUUGAUCCUUUUUAAAACCCGACUGAACAAGGAAAAUUGGAACGUCAAAAAUGUUGUACCAUCAUGUUAUGCGCACAAUGAAAUUGAUUAGUAAAAUACUAAUUUGUGAGAAAAUUACAAGAAGACCUUUACAAGACGGGCCAAGAUAGCUUCAAAGCUAAAAUUAUGGCCCUACCAUCCAGGUAUCCAGGUAUCCAGCGAAUGAUGAUGAAAAACCAUAUAGCGGAAGUUGGCGCCGUACAAGACGUGACGUCACAUGAUGUAAGUCAUGGCUAUGAUGUCAUGGACCGGCUUUCCCCACACGUCGGCGGCAUAGUAGGCGAGGAAGUGUACCGCUGUCCCGUAUCCACGCCGACGGUCACGCGCCGACCGAGUAUCAAAGGUCAAUGUCACCAACCGUUCAUCGCGUUCUCGAGCAUGAAUCGGAGUCUCCGAAUUCCGAACGAACUCCUGUCCUCGAAACAGUUCAAUUUCCGGUCGGCAAAAUCGAGGCGACCGCAGACAAAGCCGCAGAGGAAAAACUUUGACUAUUACUUCGUGAAAGAGUCGGACAAACCCGUGUAUAUUGACGCUCAGAUGCAGUCCACGUGGCUUAACUCUCUAUGUUCACAGCCAGUGAAUGAAAUAUUCGGAAAAUACAAACGCAAAUCGGAAUCGUUCCGUAACCGCCCACCCGCAAGGAGCACGAAUUCGACGCCGGGCGAGAAGGCGCUGUACACCGGCUGGUCAUGCAAUGUCUCUAGUUACGGAUCGCCGUCCGUGUUAUCGAAAUCGACUGCUUCCGGUUCCGGCUACGUCGCGUUGUCCCGAACUUCCUAUUCAUCUUCUUUGGAUCCGAACCUGAGAGUGUACGGCUACGAAUCAGACCCCGACCGAAUCGCCGUAAACCCGGGUUUUGCGUUAUUUCCGACGCCGCCGACGACGUCGAACACGUACGACGACGACGAUAUCCCGUCCUCGCGUGGAUCUCCGUUGUUUCAGAAAGUGUUCAAAAACAAUGCGAACCCAAACAGCGCUAGCAUGUUUAACACGAACAUGGAUUUAAACGUUUACGAGCCAUAUCAGCGUGACAAACGGUUUCCGGAAAUUCGACAGCGAAAGUCUACUCUUUCGCCAUCGCGAAAAAGAAUUUCCGUCGCAGACGGAAAAGACGAAAUUCCGCCGGGAAUUCAUUUAGCGUCUGCGGCAAUGCACGAUCUGCAAGAAAGUCCUAUGCAAAUUGUGUCCAUAGGGCAGAGGUCUGAUCGAUCUAUCCGAUCUGAGAAAAGUGACGUUAUGGAGAAACAAAUAAGUGAUAAUGCGAAACAAAGUUUUUCAAACGGUAACUUGUGUGCGUAUCGUUUACCGAAAAAUCCACUGACGAUGUCUUUACCGGAAUUGCAUGGAAAAGGUUGAAUAUAGUGAAGAAGGACCAUACACGUUCACGUCACAUUUUGGUGUUUAUAAUUAUUGUCCCCUACCGGUUUCACCGGAGGGGACUUAUGUUUUGCGCUCUGUGCGUCCGUCUGUCCGUCAGUCUGUCAGUCCGUCACACUUUUCUGGAUCCUGCGAUAAAGUUUUUCAUAUUUUUUCAUGAAACUUGAAAUAUGGACAGGUGGCAAUAUGGAGAUUAUGCACGUCAUUUUAUUUUGUUCCUACGUCAAGAAUUCUGGUUGGUAUGGCAACAAAUAUAUAUAUAUAAAAUCUGACAAUGGUGGAGCCGGUAAGGGACAUAUAUUGCUUUGCAAUAGUCUUGUUAUUAUUAUAACUGUUACUAAUAUGAUAAUUAUGACGAAAAUAAUGGUGACGAUGAUGUUGGUGUUAUUGUUGUUGAUGAUGAAAUAAUGUUUUCAGUUCCAAAUACAUUUUUUUUCCUGCCAUACCAUUUCCCGAUUCGACUCUAUGUUGAUGUUGUUCACAUAUGUCAUAUAAUACACGGAUGGUGACAGAUGUCAGAAUAAGAAAUAAAGUAAUUACAUCAAUAUGAAACUCGUUGAGAAAUAAAUAUUCACUCGCUCUGUUCCCUGCGCCAUUAUAAAUAAACUGUCAAGAGAGGAUAAUUUACGUGCAUUUCACACUUCAUACGUUGCAGAGUAAUCAUUCAGCGGUAAAUUACACUUAACGCCAUGCGUACAUCGCUAAAAUAUGUUUACCUACGGUUACACUUCUGUCCAGAAAGGGCUAUUUCGAGGCGCGUUUAUAGUCAGUGUAAUAUAUUCAGUCCUUUUUAAAUUACUCAAGUCACAAGAGGAAACACUUGAAAAUCUUCAUACCACUACCUUUUAUUGCUGCACAUUUUUCGAUGUAAAAACAGUAAUACAUGUCGUAACGUGUAUUCGACUCAUAUAAAAAAAACACACUACAGGAUGCACUCAUAUAUGUAAUUUACAUGAACAUGGAGAUAUCGUUCAGAAUAUCUUUUUAUUCUUAUAUAGCUCUUAGUCAUAUUACUUAAAUCAAUUUAUUUCACAAACUGUACACAUUGUUUCUUCAACAGAUAAAGAAAUGAGUAUAUAU